UUUACCUUGCAUAUUUCAUUAUCCUGCUUAAAAUGACCAGACAGAGCAAGCGUAUUACAAUAAUUAUAGGCUAAAACCCUCACCAAGAAAGCAUGAAGCUAUCUGUACUAUUGCGAGCCAACCGAGCGCACCUGUGCGUUCCAUUGGGUGUUACGCACCCCAAGUGGAGUUACGUCGGCUAGGGUUGGUGAAAAAAACGCAACACAUGGCUUACAGUAGAGUAGUACAAUAACAAAUCAAUAGACAUUUGUAAUUGAGAGAACUGGGAUAUGAGUGGUCGCGAGCGCAGUAGAAACCGAACCUGGUCGUUGGAUUCGGACCUUGACUCGCGUGCGUCCCAGACAGGUAUGGAAACAUUGAUUUGGAGCUCACUCAGUCGUGGUGGGACUCGCACGGGUACCUAGGCUACAGCUUUGGAAGUUAUGCUUUUCUUUGAAUACGAAAGCUUUGAUUAAAGUUAACGUCACUAAACCAUGUCAAACUGGUAAAGUAGCCUACAUUCGCUAUAGCUAGUCAUUAUUUUUUAAUAGGAACACCUGUGAUGGGGACAAUUUGUGUGUUGUGCUACACGUUUGCUGUGCUGAAAUAACUGCCACAAAACCACUGAAUAAAGGUAAUAAAGUGAUAGACAAAUAGUUUUCUACUACUGUAUUAUUUUUGCCUUCCUAUACCAAGUGGGCAGUUCGGCAGGGGCUCUUGAGGAGGACAAGGAGGUCGCCUCGCAAGCUGUCCUGUUCUUCAUCAAUGGUUCGAGGAGAGGUGCAGUGCACCUGUGCUCGAGUAUAGCCGAGAUACUGCGCGAGAAUCAACGUCUGCACAGGACCGUAGAGGUCCAGAGGGUCCGAAUAGAGGAGCUGAUGUGCUCUCUGUCCACUGCUCCGGCUGCUCCCGUGGGUCCAUCAGAUUCCAACAGAUCCCAGACCAACUCCACCUCUCCCUUCUCCUGCCUCCCCUCCAUCUCUCUCGCCGCCUCCUCCCCCUACCUCCCCUCUCCCCCAGCCAGUGUCUCCCCCAGUGUGUCCUCCUUAUACAGCUCUGGGAGGGGCAGCCUGUGCUCUAACACCACACCCCCCUGCCUCCCCCCUCUGUCCUUUAGCACCACACCCCCCUGCCUCCCUCCUCUGGUCCCCCUUCACAACCUCACCCCUCAGAGGAGACAGACAGCAGUUCUGCCCUGUGUGAAAGAGUAUGAGAAGGAGGAUCCAGGAGAAGAUGAGAGGAGAGGAAAGGAAGGCAGGAGAGGAGAUGAGAGGGGGAAGACGAGAGGGGGAGAAAGGAGACAAGAAGACAACAACAGUCUUAUUCUACCCUCUGUAGAAGCUCUGGGAUCACAACCCCUACCCAUCAUGCCUCACUCCUCCCAUAGUGGCAGCAUUCCCAGCGAAAGAGUCAGGAGGAGGGAGAAGGGUAACCUGUCGUCUGAGCAGGGUGGACAGACAUCGGACCGAAAACACACGCUGAAGAAGAGAGAGAAAGUCCUAAGGAGAAGUGCCUCAUGUGGACCUCUGAGGGGAGAGAUGGACGAGACAAAAGAGGAGAGGUGGUGUCUGGCCCCAGACUGUCCUGACUCCUCGUCCACAGUCCAAGCAGCAGGAGGGCUGGACCCCAGGGCAUUAACCACCAGGAAGAAGCACCGUCUGUGUGUGAAUGACCGUGUAGUGCUGGAGAGAAGGAGGCGAGGAGAGGAGAGGAGAAGAGGAGCUGUGAGGUUUAUCGGACCACUGGAAAACACUGAGUCUACAGACAUCUAUAUCGGAGUGGAAUUGGACACAUCCAGUGGAGAAAAUGAAGGCAGUCUCCAUGGUAACAGGUACUUCAGGUGUCAGCCCAACCAUGGAACAUUCACCACCAUCACGGGGAUCAGAAAGCUCUCUCGAUCAUCCCGCUCCAAACCUCCAGAGGAGGGUGACUCUAGUGACUCUGGGCCGGGGAGCUCUGCAGUGGCAAUGGGGAGGAGCAGCCAGAGCGUUGGGAGUAGGAGCAGGAAAGGGUUCAGAAGGACCUGGAACCAGAUGGACAUUAGAGCUCAGGUCCAUUCAGAGCCAGGAGGACUUAGAGACAAGACUACAGUGGAGAACCCUGGACUGGACUGACAUUGCGCCAUCACAUACCCCUGGACUGGCCUGACACUCCUCUCCUAAUCACUCAAUCCACAGCCUUACAUUUUCCCCUUUCUCUCCUGAUGAGUGUAUACUCACUAGACAACAUGCUGAAGAAGCCUUCUUCAAUCUUCCAGCAUGUAACUAUAGAGAAAGGACUUGUUUUAGUAUAGGCAGCGCCAUUGAGGACUUCAACUGGGUGGGACCUUCUAUGGGUUAAGGAAGGAUCAGAUUAUUCCAUCCAGGUCAUCAGGAGGGAUCAGCCAAUGAAUUAUACUAGUGAGGAAACAUUCCAUAACUCCAGGUGGCAGUAAAUCUCCCUCCUUGGCUUUUUAUCUGUUCAAACAACACACUCUAGGUGGCAGUAUGCACCCUUUUUGCCAUCUCGUAGAUGAAAGUUGAUUAGUUCAAAAUGGAGAUGCUCACAGACGCCAUAAUGGAACAGAUAGAAUGAUGCGAUGUUAUUCAAGUCUAUGGUUGUAACUGACCUCCCAGCCUUUUGACAAAUGGCAUCUGUCUGCCAUGCUUUCAUCAGGUGUAACUGACCACUACUGCAUCUGACCGAUCC